AUCCAAGAUGGCGGCUAAUUGUAAUGCCCAAAUAAGGCACGCACGGAGUUCUCGAAGGUAUAAAAACGCAGCGUUUGCCGAGAGAAGAUGAGUUAUCAACUCUAUCGGAACACAACGCUAGGAAACAGCCUCCAAGAAAGCUUAGAUGAGCUCAUACAGUCUCAACAGAUAAGUCCUCAACUGGCUCUACAAGUGCUUCUUCACUUUGACAAAGCAAUCAACCAUGCUCUAUCAAAUAAAGUAAAAAACAAGAUCACCUUCAAGGGUCACCUGAACACUUACAGAUUCUGUGACAAUGUGUGGACAUUUGUUUUAGAAAAUGUUGACUUCCGAGAUGUAGGAGAUGUUGUGAAAGUUGACAAGGUCAAAGUUGUUGCUUGUGAUGGCAAAGGUUCAUCAACUUCUGAAGCUACAACAUAGUCACGUUUCCAGGGCAGAUGAGAAAUAAAUUAGACAAAAAAAUAACAUCUUUGUAAAGAUUCAGUAACACAUUCUUACUCCUUACAAAUUGAAAUUGUUAUACACUCCAGACAUCAAGAGUAAAUAAGGCAAAUAUGAAAGCGUUUGCAAAACCCAAGCCAGAUACACAUACAAGUUAGUCACAGAAGUGAAUGUUUUCUAUAUUACCCUUUCUGUACAUUUUUGUUUGUUAAUGUAAUAUGCUGUCAUCUAUGUAUGUUUGAAAGCUUGUAAUUAAAGAUACACAUCUUUGUAUAUCAAUUAUUUUACAGUAUUUAUUAAAUAAAUACAAUAUAAUUAUAA